CUACUGGGCUUUUGGCGCGGCAUUGCUGCUGCGCUAGCUACGCUAACUUUCGCGCGCGCGAGCUGCUGCGUACGUUGCUCCCUCCAGCCUGCAAAGAUGAUGCGGACAGCCCUUCGCCGCGUCGCGCGCCAGCGCUGCACGCGGCACGCAAGCGCCGCGAGCCAGCAAGGCGGCAGCGGGCCACUCAAGCUCGUCGCCGCCGGCGCGGCGGGUGCCAUCAUCUAUUUCAACAAUGAGAGCAUACGCGGAUCGUCGUUCUAUUGGUCGCUCGCGGACGCCGGCGCGAAUCUACUAAGGGAAGGUAUCAGCGAUGCGGAAGACGCGCAUUCGUACGCCCUGCAGCUUUUAAAUUUGGGAUUGGGGCCCGUCGCACCGAAGGCCGACACGGCGCUCGAAACGACGGUCUUCGGCCUCACCUUCGCGGCGCCGGUGGGCGUCGCGGCGGGCUUUGACAAGCGGGGCCUCGCGCACGCGCCGCUCGGCACGAUGGGCUUUGGCUUCGUUGAGGUCGGCGGCGUGACGCCGGCGCCGCAGCCCGGCAACGAGCGGCCGCGCGUCUUCCGGCUGAAGGAGGAUCGAGCUGUGGUGAACUUUGUCGGGUUACCUUCCGAAGGUGCGGAGGUGGUGGCCGCAAGGCUGAAGAGUACGGAGAAGACGUGCGUCGUGGGCGCGAACGUGACGAAGAACGCAAUCAGUAAGGACGCGGUCGCGGACCACGCGCGCGUCGUCAAGGCGCUGGACGGCGCCGUGGACUUUGUCGUAGUUAACGCGUCGUGCCCGAACGUCAAGGGCGGCGUCGUCGACGUGAAGGCCAUGGCGGCAUUGGUUGAAGUUGCUAGGAAGAACACGUCGGUGCCCGUGCUCCUGAAAGUGUCGCCGGACUUGGAUGAACGGCAGCGGCGGACGGUGGCGAACACGGCGCUCAGGCUAAAGUUGGAUGGUUUAGUGGUUGCGAACACGACCAGUAGGAGGCCGCACCGCGACUCGUCGCCGCCGCUGUUCAAGACGCCGUUGCUGUCUCCAGAUGUUCCGGACCGGGGCGGCCUCUCGGGCCCGCCGCUCGUCGAGAACACGCGGGCGAUCGUGCACGACUUCUACCGCAAAACGAAGGGGCGCGUGCCGAUCGUGGGCGUCGGCGGCGUGUCGUCGGCGGACGACGCGUAUGCGCUCAUAAGGGCCGGCGCGUCGCUCGUCCAGCUCUACACGGCGCUGGUGUAUCACGGGCCGGGUCUCGGCUGCGAGAUCCGCGACGGGUUGGUAGAAAGGGCGCGGAGAGACGGGUUCGAGCGUGUGCGCGACGCGGUGGGGGCGGACCACCGGCGGUGAGCCCCUGCUUCGUGGACUAGGCUGUAAAUAAGUUAGUUAUGCU